AUGUGGGACAGUGAUACGAGGGACAAUGAGACGAGGAUCAGUGAAGCGUGGAACAGUGAUACGAGGGACAGUGGGACGAGGAACGGUGGGACGAGGGACAAUGAGACGAGGAUCAGUGAAGCGUGGAACAGUGAUACGAGGGACAGUGAGACGAGGAUCAGUGAAGCGUGGAACAGUGAUACGAGGGACAGUGGGACGAGGAACGGUGGGACGAGGGACAAUGAGACGAGGGUCAGUGAAACGCGGGACAAUGGGACGAGGAACAGUGGGACGAGGAACAGUGGGACGAGGAACAGUGGGACGAGGAACAGUGGGACGAGGGACAAUGAGACGAGGAUCAGUGAAACGCGGGACAAUGGGACGAGGAACAGUGGGACGAGGAACAGUGGGACGAGGGACAAUGAGACGAGGAUCAGUGAAACGCAGGACAAUGGGACGAGGAACAGUGGGACGAGGAACAGUGAGACGAGGGACAAUGAAACGCAGGACGAGACGAGAAUCAGUGAAACGCGGGACAAUGAGACGAGGAUCAGUGAAACACGGAACAGAGACGCAGAAUAG